UCAAUUCGUGAAGCUUUGACAAUGAAAAUCGCAAUUGCUCUGAGUUUGUUGGUGGCCGUUGCCUCGGCUGGCGUUAUGCCCGGCUUGCAACAACGUCUUCCCUUGAUGCCCGUCAUGCCUUUGGAGGAAUUGGAAGAACGCAUUACCAAUGGUGAAUUGGCCAAGGCUGGUCAAUUCCCCUAUCAAGUUGGUUUGAGUUUGGUCUUCGGCAACCAGGGUGCCUGGUGCGGUGGUACUUUGAUUUCCGAUCGUUGGAUCUUGACCGCUGCUCACUGUACCGAUGGCGCUGAUGGCGUCACCGUCUACUUGGGUGCCAUCGACAUCAAGGAUGACCAUGAAAAGGGCCAACAAAGAAUCUACACCUCCAAGUCCAACAUUGUCAUCCACGAUCACUGGGAUCCCAGCACCUUGAGCAAUGACAUUUCUUUGAUCAAAUUGCCCGUUGUCGUUGAAUUCAACGAACGCAUCAAGCCUGCCACUUUGCCCAAGAAGGACGGUAAAUACUCCACCUAUGAAGGCGAUAUGGUCUGGGCCUCUGGCUGGGGUAAGGACAGUGAUGCCGCCACCUCUGUUUCCCCCUUGUUGCGUUACAUCGAAGUUCCCGUUUUGAAGCAGAGCACCUGCAGAACCUACUACGUGGGCAUGGUCACCGAAAAGAUGAUCUGCAUCAGCGGCAAGGAUGGCAAAUCCACCUGCAAUGGUGACUCGGGCGGUCCCUUGGUCCACAAGGAAGGUGGUGUCAACUAUGUCAUUGGUGCUACUUCCUUCGGUAUUGCCUUGGGUUGCGAAAAGGGCUGGCCCGGUGUAUUCACCCGUGUCACCUCCUACUUGGACUGGAUCGAAGAGAAAUCUGGUGUUGUUAACAAGUAGAUUUAACAUAAAAAUAAAAGAAAAUAUUUAUUGGAGUUUUUUCCACUAAAAUUAA